AUGGAGGAAUACAAAGAAAUUCUAAAGGAUUUGACUAUUAAUUUGUUAUCCACAGAUUUGAAUAGAGCUAAGGGUAGAUGGGAUCGUACUGCAAUCGAUGCAAACGAUUUGGCUAGCUAUCCCAUUCCAUCAACUUACUCAAAUACUCCACUUAUAAAAGGCUAUGAAGCAACAAAGCAGUCAACCUAUAACACACGUAAUCUAUCCUCUACCAGCUUAUCUCACUUACACUCGUUAAAUCAAACUAAACGCUCAGUCUUAUCCGAAGAAAUUGAAAGAAUAGAUAAAGAAAUAAAUAAUCUUAAUAAAGUCAAAUUUGAGCUUCAAUCUCAAUUAUUAAGAUCCCGUGAAUUCGAUUUGGAACUGACUGAUAAACUGUCUCAGAAUCCUUUUACAUCCUCAGACAACUCAACCUUCUUACCCGAUGAGCACGAUGAUUUACCCAUCAAUAUGCCAUUCAUGUCCAUUCAAGCUGAUCCUUGUUCCUUGAAUGACCUCUCAAUUGAUAAACCAUACGGUCAUCUCAUUACUGCAUCAAACAAUCCUUCUCCGCGCAUUUGGAAUCUUUCUACAGGGGACGAAGUCGCUCAGCUAACAGGUCACACCGACGAUAUCACUUCAUUACAGUUCAACAACAACUCAAUCGUCACAGCAAGUAGGGAUUGCUCAAUAAAACUAUGGAAUAAAUCAGAUUUCUCCGAAACUCUCACUUACUUUGGUCACACUAAACCUAUAGACAUGAUACAAGCUUCUCAGCAUAACAUUGUAAGUGGUGCUUCAGAUCAGACAGUUAGAUUAUGGGAUUUAAAUUCGGGUCAAUGUAAUCUAACAAUGGAUCUCCUAUCCUAUUUAGAUAGACCACAUUCUCAAUUACAAUCUCAAUCUCCUUACAUUGGCGGAUUACAAUUCUAUUACAAUGCUUUAGUUACUGGUUCAGCUGAUUCUAUCAUAAGACUUUGGGAUAUGAGAACGGGUGUACCUCAUCGCAAUUUAGUCGGUCACAGUGAUGCUAUUACGUGUCUUUCGUUUGAUCAAUAUCACGUCAUUUCAGGAAGUAGUGAUGGUACUAUGAAUAUCUGGGAUAUACGCACAGGAAAAGUAUUAGAUAGUCUACAAUUUGAAUCACCUUUGACAGAUUUACAAUUUGAUAAUAGAAAGGUAAUGAUUUCAGGUGUUGGGGAUGUGAGUAUGUUUAGCGAUGGAUUCAGGGAUGCUCCAAGGUUACAAUACAAGGAUAUAAAGCCAUUAACCAAAGCUCCAACUGAGGACAGGGUUUUGAUUGAUGUUCGUGAACCAAAUGAAGUAAUCCAGGGUAGUAUUCCAUCAAGCGUGAAUCUGCCACUGUCAAACUUUGAGCACGCUUUAGACCUCGAUGAUGCAGAAUUCAAGCAUAACUAUGGCUUCAACAAGCCAUCAGAUGGGAUUGAUGAUAAGCGUAACUUCAUCUUCUAUUGCCGCAGUGGAAAGCGUUCAGCUACGGCAUGUGAUUUGGCAUUCAGAAGGGGAAUAAAGAAUAUCAACAACUACCAAGGCAGUUAUAUUGAUUGGUUGGCUAAUGAGCAAGCCAAAGACAAAGCGGGUAAAGAGGAAGAGGAAGAUGAUUAA